AUGCCUUAUGCUAAUCAGCCGUCUGUGCAAAUAACCGAGCUGACCGAUGACAACGUUAAGUUCGUCUUGGAGGAUACUGAGUUGAGCGUUGCGAAUAGCCUGCGACGUGUGUUUAUUGCUGAGACGCCGACGCUGGCCAUUGAUUGGGUGCAACUGGAGGCCAAUUCCACAGUACUGUCGGAUGAGUUCCUGGCGCACCGCAUCGGCUUGAUUCCGCUUAUCUCCGACGAUGUGGUGGAGCGUCUGCAGUACACUCGUGAUUGCAUCUGCCUCGACUUUUGUCCCGAGUGCAGCGUAGAGUUUACCCUGGACGUAAAGUGCAACGAGGAGCAGACGCGCCACGUGACCACCGCCGAUCUCAAGUCGAGCAACGCCAAGGUGUUGCCCGUGACGUCGCGAAAUCAAGGAGAGGAGGACAACGAGUACGGGGAGAGCAAUGACGAGAUUCUGAUCAUAAAGCUGCGCAAGGGUCAGGAACUGAAGCUUCGCGCCUACGCCAAGAAAGGAUUCGGCAAGGAACAUGCCAAGUGGAACCCUACGGCAGGUGUUUGCUUUGAGUAUGACCCUGACAACUCUAUGCGCCACACGCUAUACCCAAAACCAGAUGAAUGGCCGAAGAGUGAACACACCGAGUUGGAGGAUGAUCAGUAUGAAGCUCCCUACAAUUGGGAGGCCAAGCCGAACAAAUUUUUCUUUAACGUCGAGUCCUCCGGUGCUCUCAAGCCUGAAAAUAUCGUGGUAAUGGGCGUUCAGGUGCUAAAAAACAAGCUGUCCAAUCUGCAGACACAGCUCAGCCACGAGUCACAAAACGACGCUCUGGCCGUUUGAGUCGUGUUCCAUUUUAACACACAAAUGUUUAUUAUAAGUAAAAAAAUGUAUUGCCUAAUCCUUGAA